UGUGGCCAGAAUAUGUGUACUUUUCCGUUGUUUGUGUUACAGAAGGCACAUCACUUUCUUUUACAGGCAUAUGUCUUCUAACGGCAAAACCCCCGCUUGCUUUGGGUAACCUGAAAAGUGCAGUUUCAAGGUCUGUAGAACACUACUAAGAUGCCCUCUGCAGAAGUCAACUCUCCACUCCAGCUGAUGAGGAGCAUCAAAGAAGAGACAGAGGAGUUCAGCUUAGCUGACUCUCCAUCCCAGCUGAUGAGGAGCAUCAAAGAAGAGACAGAGGAGUUCAGCUUAGCUGACUCUCCAUCCCAGCUGAACGUAAAAGAAGAAGAGAGAGAAGAGUUCCCUGCUUCUCCACCUCAGCUGAACGUAAAAGAAGAGAGAGAAGACUUCCCUGGUUCUCCGGAACAGCUGAAUGUGAAAGAAGAGUCAGAGCAGUUCCCUGGUUCUCCACCUCAGCUGAGGAGCGUAAAAGAGGACAGAGAGGAGAUCCUGCGUUCUAUGUACAGUCUGAGGAGCGUAUCUGUAGUGCUGGUGGACUGCUGUAGACCACAAGGACGGCAGGAGAACAAUGAAGAGAACCACAGAGAUGCCCAGGCAACCAAGAGAUCUGGGCAUCCACUACACGUCGGUUCCAGCGGAGAGGAGUUUAUUGGAAAAACACAUUUUGCUGCCCUCCCCACAGAAAGGCACCCUUGCAGCCAGUCUUACAGGAGCUUCAAGACAAAAGGAAGCCACCAAAUACACCAGCCUUUUCACACAGAAGAGAAAACAUUUUCAUGUGUGAACUGUGAAAAGACCUGCUCACAGUCUUCUCACCUCGCCAGACAUUGCCAUAUUCACACUGGAGAGAGGCCGUACGCUUGCAGUCAGUGUGACAAGAGCUUUAAGAUGAAAGCACAUCUCCAAAACCACCAGCGUGUUCACACAGGGGAGAAACCAUUUUCAUGCAUAGACUGUGGAAAAAGUUUUGUGUCAUCUUCUUACCUCAACAAACAUCGUCGCAAACACACUGGAGAGAGGCCGUACGUUUGCAGUCAGUGUGACAAGAGCUUUAAGACCAAAACAGACCUCAAAAUGCACCAGCACAUUCACACAGGGGAUAAGCCAUUUUCAUGCACUGACUGUGGAAAGAGUUUCUUUCAGUCUUCUAACCUUCACGUACAUCGUCGCAUUCACACUGGAGAGAGGCCGUACACUUGCCAUCAGUGUGACAAGAGCUUUAGGAGAAAAUCAGAUCUCCAAGUCCACCAGCGUGUUCACACAGGGGAUAAGCCAUUUUCAUGCACCGACUGUGGAAAGAGUUUCUUUCAGUCGUCUAACCUUCACGUACAUCGUCGCAUUCACACUGGAGAGAGGCCAUACACUUGCCAUCAGUGUGACAAGAGCUUUAGGAUAAAAUCAGAUCUCCAAGUCCACCAGCAUGUUCACACAGGGGAGAAACCAUUUUCAUGCAUAGACUGUGGAAAAAGUUUUGUGUCAUCUUCUUACCUCAACAAACAUAGUCGCAUUCACACUGGAGAGAGGCCGUACGUUUGCAGUCAGUGUGACAAGAGCUUUAAGACCAAAACAGACCUCAAAAUGCACCAGCGUGUUCACACAGGGGAGAAACCAUUUUCAUGCAUAGAGUGUGGAAAGAGUUUUGUGUCAUCUUCUAACCUCCACACACAUCGCCGCAUUCACACAGGAGAGAAGCCGUACGCUUGCAGUCAGUGUGACAAGAGAUUUAAGAGAAAAGAUGAGCUCCAAAUCCACCUGCGUGUUCACACAGGGGAGAAACCAUUUGUAUGCGCUGACUGUGGAAAGAGUUUUAUAUCAUCUUCUAAACUCAACAGACAUCAUCUCAUUCACACUGGAGAGAAGCCGUAUGCUUGCAGUCAGUGUAACAAGAGCUUCUCACGGACUUCUUACCUUAAGACACACUUGUUGUCACACUUGAGAGAGUAAAUCAGUUGCCAGGGACAAGAGGGGUUUUUUUCAAGAUUUUUGUUGGCCUUUUUACCUUUAUUUGUGACAGGACAUUGAUGUUACCAAGUGAGAACUUCAAAGAAAAAAGUGUCCCAUGCUAGAACAGUGGUUCCCAACCUUUUUCUUCAGGGACCCAUGGUUUUACCAUUGUAAGCUUUGGUGACCCAACCGCGCGAGCGCAGGGAGUCACAUGAUACCCUCUGAUUCCUGCGAAAACUCAAUUUAGUUGUGUUAUUCCUUUAGGCCUUUGGUCAAAUAUAGAAUAAAUAUUUACAUUUACAUUUUGUUGUUUCUAUGCCCCUAACCCCUUAAAAUCAAGAAGGCUUGGCGACCCCCUGUGGAUCUUUGGCGACCCACAGGUUGGGUCCCGACCCAUAGGUUGGGAACCACUGGUCUAGAAUGGUAGAAGGACUGACUUGGUUUUGGGUUACAUGAAUGCCGUCUAAACUGGGAAUCUAAGGGUGCAUCCCAAUAUGUGACCUUGCCUCCUCCACUUGUGCUUGUCUCCUCGUCCCGCCUCCUGGCCCCUCCUCCGUGGAGAAAACGAUAAAGUUUCCCAGCUGUCAGCCUCGCCACAACAACUUUUGAGGGACUGUUUUUCAUUCACCAUCCCAAUUGCAAAUGAGAAAAAGACUUUACAAUUGAGCUUUUGCAAGAUAUUGAAAUAUAAUGCUGUUGUCAGUGAUGUCAUCAUGACGAGAAGCAAGUGGAGGAGGCAAGUGGAGGAGGCAAGGUCACAUAUUAAAACGCACUCUAAAUGUCACUAAAUUAAACAUACAUGUGAACAUGUACCAUGACUACUGAAGCAGGUCAUGAUCCUCUCUUUGAGAUAAAAUCAUUUUGUAAUUUAAGUUACACUAUGAACUUUUCUAAGAUGAAUGAAUUAAUAAAUGAAUUAAUGAUUUAUUUCUCUUCACACACCAUCAUUUAGAUUUUCAGUUACAUGUCAUGAAGAGGUAUAUCAGUAGAUCAACAGAUGUUGGAUCAAACUUACUCUAUGCAGUAAAUUUGGAAA